AUGCGUGGAGUCCGGAUGUCGAACUGGCCCGACUUUUCUGGUCCACUACGAUCAGGGCUGUCACCAUGGUCACCACUGGCUGGCGAAGACAUCAUGCAAGUCCGGGAUAGGGAUGUUACAAACCUCACUGUUCUUGAUCUUUCUACCAACAAUCUCACCGGAAAACUGCCUGACACUCUCUGUGACUCUGGCCAACUCACCAAGCUCAUCCUCUUCUCUAACUCUCUCCACGGCGUCAUCCCGCAGAGUUUAGGCAAGUGCCAGAGCUUAGAGCGAGUGAGGCUUCAAAACAAUAACUUAUCAGGCAAGUUACCUCGAGGGUUCAACGAGUUGCAACUAGUUAACUUCUUGGACUUAUCAAACAACAACCUCCGAGGUAACCUGGGAAUAUUCAACAUGCCACAGCUUGAGAUGUUAAAUCUCGGGAAGAACAAAUUCUCUGGUGAAUUACCUGAUCUUUCUAGAAGCAAGAGACUCAAGAAGCUUGAUUUAUCAGGGAACAUAAUAUCUGGACUAGUUCCAGUAGAGCUCAUGACGUUCACGGAACUUAUGAAUUUGGAUAUAAGCUAUAACGAGAUCACUGGAGUGAUCCCAAGUGAAUUGUCUUCUUGCAAGAAACUAGUCAGCCUUGACAUGAGCCACAACAAUCUUACCGGGGAAAUUCCUUCAAGUUUUUCGGAUUUUCCAGUUCUCAGCGAUCUUGACUUGUCUGGCAACCAAUUAUCAGGCGAGAUUCCCAAGAAUCUAGGAAACAUCGAGUCUCUUGUACAAGUCAACAUCUCUCAUAAUCAUCUUCACGGAAGCUUACCUUUAACCGGAGCUUUUCUUGCCAUAAACGCAACAGCGGUCGCCGGUAAUAACAAUCUCUGCGGUGAAAAUAACGUUAGCAUUGUACCUCCUUGCAGCGUGGUAAGAAAGAGAAGUACAAAUAGUUGGUGGUUUGUAGUCAUGCUGACCUUUGUAGCCUUCUUGGCCGUCGUUCUCUCCGGUUUCUUUAUCUCUCUUGUCUUUCAAAUGAAGCACAACGUUUUAGAGGUCAAGAAAGUUGAACAAGAAGAUGGUACAAAGUGGGAAAUUCAGUUCUUCGAUUCAAGAUUCAUCAAAUCGCUUACAGUAAACGCGAUUCUAUCGUCUCUCAAAAAUGAAAACAUUUUUGUUGAUAAAAACGGCGUGAAGUUCGUUAUUAAGAAGGUCAAGAAGUAUGAUUCUCUUCCUAACAUAUCCGAAAUUGUGAAACUUCCGGAGCACAGGAACAUUAUUAAGCUAGUGGUGACGUGCCGGUUGGAAGAAGUGGCAUACUUGAUUCAUGAGAACGUCGAAG